GUCAUUGUUGGUUCUAAUUCGCUGCCAUCAACUUUUUACUCCGGACGGCUUAUUUCGCUGUGCAAUUAGCGCCCGUGCCCGGAAUGUUGUGAAUUUUUCAUAGGAAACUCAGAGCAACUCUGCCUUAGACGGCCUGGCGCCCAUAAUCAAACUCAUUUUUCUGCCAUGUUCGAGGCAGAUAUCACCAUCUGGCCGUUUUUCCACACGGAAUCGGUGGAUGAGAGGCGAAGAUAUAUCAUAAGGGUUAUCCUGGAGUUCUGCCUUUUCGUCGCCAUUGGAUUUGUGCACUGGAUCCUCAUGCUAACCUUGCUGCAGGAAUGGUUUCGGGACUUGGUAAAAGAGCACUCAUCUGCCCUGCUCCUAGCUUUUGUAUUUGGCAUUUUCCUGCUGUUCCUGUUCGCCAUCAGCAAGCCGCUGAGGAAAUUGUCCUGUGUCAACUGGCUGAUUACGUCUAUUAUCGUGGAAUGCGUGGUGGUUUCACUCGGUGUGCUGAUCGUAUCAUCGGGCGUACUUUAUAUGCUGGCCGGAUUUCUGAUAGUCGCCCUGGCAUUUGUGCUAUGCACACUUAUUGCGGCUUUAAUGGCGUAUGACCUCACAGGCACCGGACUGUAUCUAUAUGCCCUAUCUACUGGCACUUACAUACUGAGCAUAUACGCGUUGGUGUUGUAUGCGGUUCUCGACGUGAUCUGGGGAUUUUAUAUAUUCGCAUGCUGUAUCGGCUGUGUGGUGAUGAUGUUCCUGAUGUAUCAUGUGCAGUGCAUCAUGGGCGGAAGAAGGGCCUCGACCAAGUUGUUCGAUGACAAGUUGGCCGCCCUGCUGCUGUUCCACGAGUUCAUAGGUCUCUUUGUGCUAACCCUCUACUGGCGGCCCAUAAUGCGUCGCCUGCAGUUGAAACAAUAAACGAGCAAUCGGUUCUAAGUAAUCCCACUGU